GAAAAUCCUGAAUACUCACAAGUACGUAGUCUUUCGGUACUUAACCUGACGACUGGCCUGCUGGAAUCCAGUUUAAUUUCAUUUCUGUCUUGAUAAUCAACCCUAACGAAAGUGCCUUUACCCUAUGCCCGCGAUACGAUCAUCCCUCGCAAGAUAGGCAACCCGCCGCCGUCUUGCAUCACUAGUGAAACUGCUCGCUCCUCAUCAGCCAAACCGCCACCGCCCGCCCCGAAUUCAUCUUCCGAGCACUUUCGCUUCCCCUCCAGACUCUGUCUCUCACCUGCUUUCUGCGUCCUAGACAGAGUGAAAAGAGCUUGACGGGCGCCAUGGCCCAAACAUCACUGACUGCCAUCCUCGCAGCAGCAACUGUACUCGCAGUCCUCAGUAGCGGUGUCGAAGCAUCAUCUAUUGGGGCUCAUUCAGCCUUGAGCGCCUCUCCCACACCUUCCCCGUCUGCUACCACACAACAAUCCGCCUCCUAUUCGGCUGCCUCGGAUUCCGGGAGAGAUGAGGAGGACAGUGGAGAAUGUAGGCUCCUUGGUCCGUUCUCUCUGCUGGUGCAGGCUGCACUUGGAGCUCUGGCGCUCUUAUCGUUGGUUUAUAAGCGCUGGCGGGAAAGACCUCAACGGCCUGUGAAGGUGUGGGCAUUCGAUGUUUCGAAACAAGUCUUCGGCUCGGCCAUGCUGCAUCUGGCGAAUCUCCUCAUGUCGAUGUUCUCAGCCGGUCAAUUUGAAAUUCAAAGCAACUACAAGCCGAACCCAUGUUCAUUCUAUAUUUUGAAUCUAGGAAUAGAUACUACUCUUGGUAUCCCUAUCCUGAUUUUCACCUUACACAUCUUGAAUCGCAUCGCCAUGUUCACCCCUCUUGCGAACCCACCGGAGUCUAUUGAGUCUGGAAAUUACGGUCGCCCGCCUCGCGCCUCCUGGUGGUUCAAACAGUCGAUGAUCUACUUUCUCGGACUACUAUGGAUGAAGAUUUGUGUCUUUUUCAUCAUUCAGUUGCUGCCUUUCAUCGUAAAGGUGGGUGAUUGGGCCCUACGGUGGACAGAGGGCAAUACAGCGGUUCAAAUCAUUUUUGUCAUGCUGCUUUUCCCGGUCAUCAUGAACGCGAUCCAGUAUUAUAUUAUCGAUACCUUCAUCAAGAAACCACUCUCCUUGUCACAGAACACUCUGGUCGAAGAGAAUAGUGGUGAUCGAGCAGGCGACCAUGACGACGAGCACAGUCAUGGAUUGCUAGCGGGUCUGGAUGAUGGCACUUCAUUUGACUCGGACGAUGACUCACUGGGCAAGGAUGGAAGUGCCCGCAUGGAGAGCCAUACACCAGGGAAGGAAGAUCUGGUGCGGUUUGACUCGGUGGAAUAUAAUCCCGCGACCCAUGGCGAAUGCAGCUCAGCAUCAUCAGCAACGGUAUCGGCCAGGUCAGGAAGCGACCGAGAUGAAUUCGGGCUAUCAUUCUCAUCCAACAAGCCGAAAGGUCAAAAAGCAGAUACAUAAUAACGACUCUCUACUCUCACAAGCUACCUUGCGGCGUUUUGGUAUUUUUAAACUGUUAUUGAUCUAUGGUCCGUAAAGGCAUGGCGCUUGUUUAUACACAUAUUGAGUUGGCUGCAUGAAUGGACGUGUACAUGAACCCUUAGCCAUGAUAAUUUACACUUGCUACU